AUGGCUUUUCCUACUCGGGUUCUGAUCGUUGGAGGGGGGGUCUUUGGCUUAUCCACGGCGCAAUCUCUGAGCAAGCGGUACUCAGACUCGCAGAUUACAUUAGUCGAGGCGUCGCCUGUCAUCCCGAACCCUCACGGUUCGUCCGCGGACACGUCGCGCAUUGUGCGUGCGGAUUAUGCCAAUACUGCAUAUGCCAAGCUUGCCGGUAAGGCGAUUCAGCGCUGGCGUAGUACAGACUGGGGUCGAGAGGGUCGCUACACGCAGAAUGGUCUACUGCUCGUGUAUCCUGAAAACAGCGUCAGUGCGAAGGAGUAUGCGCGGAAGAGUUAUGCCAAUGUGCGCCGCAUUGAAGGCGAUAAUGUAGUCUUUCUCCCGACUAAAGAGCAUGUCCUUGGUGUUGUCCCUCCAUAUGAAGAGACUCUGGAUGUCGCGGGUGGGUAUGUCAAUUGGGGCUCUGGAUGGUCUGAUGCGGGGGCUACUGUGCGCUUUGUGAAGGAGCAGCUUGAUCGUGAGGGGAAGGUCACUUUCCGGACAGGGAAUGUUGAGCGUAUUCUAUAUGACACUUCUGGUGCGCGGCCGCGGGCUACUGGGGUUGCUUUGGCCGAUGGCACUUCUAUUACGGCCGAUUUGGUCGUCCUUGCGACAGGCGCAUGGUCAUCGAGACUGGUUGAUCUGCGCGGCAAGGCGAUUGCCACUGGCCAGGCAAUCGCCUACAUGCGCAUCUCAGAUGCCGAGCAGCGCGAGCUUGAGAAUCUGCCCACAAUCUUGAACUUUGGAACGGGCAUCUUCAUCAUCCCACCGCGGAAUAACCUGCUUAAGAUCGCGCGCCAUGCAUACGGGUACCGCAACCCGACUGCUGUUCCUGUGCCUGGCGCGACAGGAGAUAUGAUGAGAGUCAGUCUUCCUGACACGGGGUCGCCAGUGCCGCUGGAGGGAAUAGAGGCAUUUCGGACAGCUUUGAAGCAGCUGCUACCGCGUUUUGCGGACCGGCCGUUUGCUGAUACCAGAAUUUGUUGGUACACUGAUACGCCUACUGGAGACUUCAUUGUUUCGUACCAUCCGGCCUACGACGGGCUCUUCCUUGCCACGGGUGGCAGUGGACACGCCUAUAAGUUUUUCCCUGUGCUCGGAGACAAGAUUGUGGAUGCUAUGGAGGGCUCGCUUGACCUGGACCUGCAGAAGCUGUGGACUUGGACUGAGGUUACCACCCCUGCUGCGAACGCUGAUGAUCUCUUCGAUGGAGAUGGAAGCCGGUCUGGGGACAGGAACCCCAUUUUGAAAGAAGAGCUGGCCAAGACAAAAAGGGCUGGCAGGAGUAGUGUACUUUAA